UCAAAAGUUCGUAAUUUAUCGCAACGCAAGCAGCAGCAAAAUUACGGAGGUGUAUUUUUUCGCUUUUUAAGAGAAUUUAAGCCGGUUAACGAACGGCAAAAUUAGUUUAAAUGUAUAAUAAACUACUUUUGGGUGUAGUGCUGGUAGUUUGCUUACAAAUAGUUAGUUCUCAGGCACAAUCGUACGAGGACAAACGAUGUAAGUGCAUAUGUCCCAGCAUCAAAUCGGUGAACAACAACACCGAGGAUGACUCCGAUCGCAUGUUGAUCAUCGACAAUGUGCCCCCGAACAAAUGCAACUGCGAUGGGGUCAUUCUUCCGCGACUUGCCGAAAAGAUCAAAGGCAAAGAGCAGGAGUUUUGUCCACGGUGUGACUGCAAGUACGAAAACCGAAACACCACGAUCAUCAAGGUGGUCGUAAUCAUCGUCAUCUGGAUCAUUUCGCUGUUGGUGAUCUACAUGCUGUUCCUUAUGUGCCUGGAUCCGCUGUUGAACAAGCGCGUCAAAGCAAAUUACCAGGAGCACACGAAUGAAGAUGAUGACACUACGGUUGCCGUGGGUAAUCACAGUCAAGACAUGCAAGUUCGUGAUGGCAAUGUGCUGAAUCGAGUGGGCCACUCGCAGGACAAGUGGAAGCGGCAGGUACGAGAACAGCGUCGCAAUAUCUACGAUCGGCAUACCAUGCUCAACUGAAGAUCUUUCGAGUGGGGAAGUGCACUUAGUGUACUUAGCUUAAUCCAUUUAUCAUAUUGUAAUUGUUAGAAGAAAAGACUUUGGCUAAAUGAAUCAUAAUUAAUAUAACAUUA